GUGCCAAGACGAGCAUCAGCCUCCAACAUGAGUGACAGUCUCCCAGUCACUCUCUUCCUGACUGGGAUCCCUGGGCUGGAGUUUGCCCACCUCUGGAUUGCCAUCCCUUUCUGUGUCAUGUAUCUGGUAGCCCUUCUUGGUAACGCUGCCCUCAUCCUCAUCAUUGGGACAGAGAGUGCACUUCAUGCACCCAUGUACCUCUUCCUCUGCCUUCUCUCACUCACUGACCUGGCUCUCAGCUCCACCACUGUACCUAAAAUGCUAGCCAUUCUGUGGCUCCAUGCGAAUGAGAUUUCUUUUAGUGGAUGCCUAGCCCAGAUGUUUUGUGUCCAUUCCAUCUACGCCUUGGAGUCCUCAGUUCUCCUAGCCAUGGCCUUUGAUCGAUAUGUGGCUAUUUGCAACCCUCUGAGAUAUACAACCAUCCUCAACCACACUGUCAUAGGCCAAAUUGUCUUUGCUGGGAUAGUCCGCAGUGUGGCUAUUGUGUCCCCCUUCAUCUUUUUGCUGAGGCGACUGUCCUACUGCGGUCACCGUGUCAUGGCUCACACAUACUGUGAGCAUAUGGGCAUUGCGAGGCUUGCCUGUGCCAACAUCACUGUCAACAUUGUCUAUGGUCUGACUGUGGCUCUGCUGGCCAUGGGCCUGGAUUCUAUUCUCAUCGCCAUCUCCUAUGGCUUCAUCCUCCGGGCUGUCUUCCGUCUUCCAUCCCGUGAUGCUCAGCACAAGGCUCUGAGUACCUGUGGCUCUCACCUUGGUGUCAUCCUGGUUUUCUAUAUACCUGCUUUCUUUUCCUUCCUCACUCACCGCUUUGGUCACAACCGAGUUCCCAAGCAUGUGCACAUCUUCCUGGCUAACCUCUAUGUGCUGGUGCCUCCCGUGCUCAACCCCAUUAUCUAUGGAGCGAGAACCAAGGAGAUUCGGAGUCGGCUUCUGAGACUGCUCCACUUCGGGAAGGACUUGGUAUAA